UAGGGUCGCGAAGGAAUGGACUGCUGAGUGAAACCUUUUGUCCUAUCGUUUUUGAUAACAGGGGGAUUGAAGUCGAAGGCAGCUAAUCAGAAUGCCCGAGGAGAUGGCGGACGGUGGGAGAAAGCUUGUAACGCUCGUCGACCUCAUCGAUGCCCUGGAUAAGCGCGAAAGAGCGCCGAGCAUUGUCCCGAAGGUUGAUACGUUCCACUUCAGAGGAGAGCGGGUGUCCGACUGGCUGGACCUGACGGAGCCGGCACUGGUGGGAUUGUCAGAUGAGGUCAAGCUCCAGCGGGUCCUAAGAUAUGUCCUUCAUAGCCACCAUCAGGAAUUGGGCAAGGUCGUGGAUGCCGCUAAUGGUAGUUGGGCGAGGUUUAGGGACAUGAUGCAGAGAAAGUACAGGUUGGGGGAUGGCUUGCUAACCAUGGCAGAUUUGGAGGCCAUGAACAAGGAUGACUUCUCCAUGAUUGGGGCGUUUGUGCACGAGUUUAAAAGGAAGGCGCGGAAGGUGCAUGGGAUCUCCGAAGAAACACAGUGUGCCAUAUUCUUGGGUCUGCUUACUGGCUCGGAGGCCUCGGAGCUGACGGGUCACGGAGGGGGAAGUGAGAAACUCACAUGGGCCACCAUCGACAAAGGGGUGGAAGAGGGGAGCCUGGACCAUGUGAAGUUUCAUAGAAACACGGGCAGUGAUCUACGGGGCCCGUCGCCGACGUUACCAGAGGGGGGAGAGGCGGUGCCGUUGAGGACGCCGCUCGACAGGUUGGAGGCUCACCUCGAUGCGUCCCAGUGGGGGGCGUCAGAGCUGGGAGCGGACCAGAGCGGACCGUUACGGUAUGAGCCUGUAGAGAAUGAGCCGGAGGAGGAGUCACCUGAGCCGAGGCAUGAGGCGGGGCCUCGUGGACCCGAGGAGCCGCAGACUGAGGAGGUUAUUACUGUUGGAGAUGAUAACCCUCCGCCUACCCCACUUCCGGAGCAGGUACCACAACACUGGCCUGAGGGAAUCCCCGAGCCGGGUAGCGAGGAGAUUCCGAUAUCGCCAUUGGGAGCCACUACGCUACCUCCGACGCGGGCGGGGCCAGAGGAGUGCGAGAGGGUGAAGACACCUACUACUGCGGUGCCACAACUGACUGAGCCUGCAGGGGAGCACAUGGACCUGGAGGUGCCGAUAUCUAGGGAGCCUCCGCCAGAGCCGCCACCCGCAGAGGAGGGGACAUGCGAGAGAGACCCACUGUGAGAGGGUCAUGAGGCGAGGGUAAGGAGGCUGUCGGGGGAGACGAAAGAAGAGAAGCGCGCAAGAGUGCAG